GCGAGAUCGCGCUCAGUGCGGAGAACGGAGGACUGCCUGCGAGCCAGCAAAAACUAAAGUGCACUGCCGUCAGACGCAGCUGAGAGACCAGCGGAAAAGGCAGACAGAGCUGUCAUCUUCAUGCAACAGCGCUGAGAUCGCUCGGAAGAUGCUGAACGCGGCGUUGUUGAGUGUUUGUGCGGUCGCUUGCUGUCAGGUUCUCCGGGCAGCAGCUAAAUCGGACGGCGGAAAUUUUCUGGAUGAUAAAUGGCUCACAGGACGUUGGGAUAAAUUUCGAGACGAGCCUGGGACCUGGAAUCCUGGAAAGCCUUUUGAUCAAGCUCUCGACCCUGCCAAAGACCCCUGUCAGAAGGUGAAAUGCAGUCGGCACAAGGUGUGCGUUGUGGAGGCGUCCCAGACAGCCAGCUGCGUCAGUCAAAGGAGGCUCAGCUUUAAAGCGGGCCUCUCUCAGAACCCUGCCUCGUCCAAAUGCAAGCCGUGUCCGGUGGUCCGUCCAGUGCCGGUGUGUGGGACUGACGGACACACGUACUCCUCAAAGUGUAAACUGGAUUACCAGGCCUGCAUUUCUGGGAAGCAGAUUUCAGUUCAGUGCCCUGGCCAGUGCCCCUGCCCCGCCAGCAGGAACAGAGUGGAUAAGAAAGUGUGCAGUGACGCUGAGAUCAAAGAGGUGGUUAACCGUUUGAAGGACUGGUUCAAAGUGCUCCAUGAAAACGGAGACCAGAGCAAACGAGUGAAGAUCCAGAGGCCGGAACGAAGCCGUUUUGACACAAGUCUUUUGCCGAUCUGCAAAGACUCCCUGGGCUGGAUGUUCAACAGGCUGGACACAAACUUUGACCUUCUGCUGGACCAGACGGAGCUGCGCAGUCUCUACCUGGACAAGAACGAGCUCUGCACCAAGUACUUCCUCACUUCCUGUGACACCUACAGCGACGGUUUGGUCUCCAACAACGAGUGGUGCUCCUGCUUCCAAAGACAGGAAGAUCCCCCUUGUCGGGUGGAGCUCGCCAAUGUUAACAGGCAGCAGGCCGGGAAGAAACUGCUGGGGUUGUAUGUUCCUUCGUGUGAUGAAGAAGGCUACUAUAAGUCUCACCAGUGCCACAGCAGCAGCGGUCAGUGCUGGUGUGUGGACAGAUACGGCACUGAGGUGGAGGGGUCCCGAACUCACGGGCCCCCAGACUGCGGUGUGGAGCUGGAGUCUUCCGGAGACUUUGGCAGCGGAGAUCUGUAUAAACUCUCCGACGAUGAAGACGACGAGGAAGACAUGCUCAACGACGAAGACGAAAUGAUGGACGACGACGAUGAUGACGGCGACGAUGAAGAUGAGGAAGACACCUACGUGUCGUAAUGCUCCGGGCGCACAAACUCGUUCCUCGGUCACGUUUUCAGGCGACGACUCGGCCAGGCUUUUCACCGCGACAGCAGCUGAAGGAUUUAUAUCAGUAUGUAUAAUUUGUAAAAAAAAACAAAAAAAAAACAAACGUCAAACGUUCCGGGCAAAAUCGAUUUUCUCUGUUACAUUCUUUCGUUGAAGUACUAUUCGUGUGUGCAAACGUCCUUCAUAGUUGUCUAAUUAGAUUAAAAUAAAAAAUAUAUCUAACAGGCCCACUGAGACAGGACUGUAAGUAGCAGAUUGAAAAAGUCCGUAUCUGAAUCCACUGGUGGAUCCCAACACGCGGGUGAUGUACUUCUUUCUCAAAAGGACUUGCUCUGUAAUUUAUUUUUCUUUUUUGUGUGUGUCCAUGCCAAGCUUUUAUCCAGACACAAUUGUGGCUUGUGGCACCGUGGUGCAAGAGAAGGGUUGUUGUCUUUUUCAGCGUUUUCUUAACUUAUUUUAUUCCUUUUUUAAGUGGUGUUCCAUACACAGGUUGAGAAUUGCACUUGUGUCAUUUGAUGACAGCGAGACAAAGGUCCAACAAUGGUGUGCACCUCCGCGUUGUAUACAUACAGGAUCCAGCAAGUACGCAUGCACCGAACAACACAUCAAUAUUUCAUUAAGACCAUUAUAUCGCAGGUUAGCCAUCGGUCAGAAUAAUCUACCCCAGCAGACAAGGUUGAGGAAGAAUCAAAGGCAUCGGUAGCACUGUUCAGUUCUCCACAUUCUUGAGAGGGCGAAAGGCUGCUGGUAAAGAGUUCACAUGUAGAAUGAUCUAUUUUUCUAUUGUAUAGUUUCAUAAACUCGCCGUGUUGGUAACCGGUAGCGAUGUGACAGAUGCUUUUGUGACAGGCCGCUGAAUAAAUCCCGUCAUUGUCUCCACCCCUGCUUUGGUAACGCAACCUCUCCAAAGACACAGCGAUGACCUGCUGAUUGCAGGAAUGCCACUCAGAAGCUUUGGCACACACACGCGCAGUGCUGAAUGGCUGUCCUUAUCAAGGCCACUUUGAGCGGUUGCAUUCAGGGACCAAUCACGUUAGCUUCUGGAGACAGUGAAGUGUGACAUCACAUCAGUGGUUAGAUACAGUCGUUAAGGGCCCUGCACAUGCAAAUCUUGUAAACAUGGCAUGCCAUUGGCAGUAAUCCCAGAGAUUAGGACCAAUCACAAGACAGCAUCAUCUUCACUUCCACUGACAGGUGGAAGGCUUUGCUACAGUACCAUGUGUUACUUCUUGCAUGACUGCUCUGAUUGACUUCAGGUUAAAUACAUGAAAAGCACUGCACAUAGGAAAGAGUUAAGGGUGCACAUCAUUAUUUUCAUUGUUUAAUGUUAAGGCCAGGCCAUUUUAUAGGGUGAUUAUUAAGAUGGCAGUUAUACAGUACCUGUCCUAUUAUUUAAAUUGAAAUAAGCAUCAAGUAGAGCUCAAGGCCCUUGUUUGGUAGACUGUUUCUCAUUGAAUGAGUGUCAAAAAACUCAAUUUAGCCAGUCCAGUUGAACCUGGUGAAUUAUGAGUGUGUGUGUGCGUGUGUGUGCAAUCAAACGCGAUCUCUGUGUCUCCAUGUCUACGAGUGUGUUUGAUGCUUAAAAUGUUGGUAUGAAGAGGGUGACCACAGAUGGGUCUUACGUGCAGUCUAACCAGUGUAAUUUGUGUUUGCUUAAAAUGUGUUAUCGAGCAGAACGUGUAUUGCAACAAUAUUGUUUUGCUUCAGAGUUUUAGUAUUAACCUAGCGUUCUGCAAUCCUGUCUCUUUUCUAGUCUGUUCUCUUAUUGUUCAAAUUGCAUUUAAAUGUAUUGAAAUUUGGUAAAUACUGUAAAUGGUAGGGACUAUGUGGUAAUUCCCCAUCAAGGUGUAGAGGUGAGGUUAAAAUAUUUUGUAACUCAAAGCAAAGAGUCUAUGGUUAGUCUUAAUUACACACAAAAAAGUAUUGUACAUAGUGCUUUUCUUUUCCAGGACAGAGGGGUCGUGUUAAUAGAGUUUCUGUCAGUAUAAUGCAUUCAUUCACCGUUCCAUUUGCAGAACGCAUUUAUUUGCUCAGAUGACUUAACAGAUCAAAGGUGAUGUGAAUUUAGAUACUGUCGUGCUUUUGAGGGACAGCGAUAGAGAAAGUGAACAAUCCUAAUUGCAUCGCUGAGAAAAGUGUACGCAGUGACUUUUGAAAAUGUUUUAAAAGACUCUGCCCACGCACACACACACACACACCACACACACACGCACAUAUUAGCGUUUUCUAGGCCGGCCAUAUGGGUACAUUUCUCCCUUCUCCGUACGUAGAGGCUGUGAGGUGCCUUUUCGCUGAUAGUUAGAAAAACAAAGGGUUUCGCAUGUGUACUAAAGGCUAGAAAAUUAGACCGUAGAAAAGCACACGGCCCUUUAUGAGGGCUUCAGAUAUUACUGCUGCUGCUGGAUGAAGUUUCUUUCUGUGUUUAUAAAGACAUUGCAUAUAUAUAUAAAUAUAUAUAUAUGAAACAUCAAUUUAAAUAAUUACUGCUACGCUUCUAUACAGUACGUUAUUUUAUGCAGUUUUUCCUUUGCGUUGUGAUUAGCAUACUAAAGAAUGGAGCUGAGCAGAAGUCGUUCUGAGCGUUGGGUUUUUCCUCUUUCUUCUGCUCAUCGACGGUCAGUGUAGCCACUCGACUUUUUCCACAGUGUAUUUUCAGACGAUUGACUUUACGUGUACACCUACAGUAAGCAAGAAAAAUCAUGAACUCGUGUUGGUUCAAGCAUAAAUAUUGUUUUAGUAAUAAAAAUGCAUUUUUACAGUAUGUAUGAUUUGGCAAAAUAAAUAUAUAUAUUGGCCAAA